AUGGAUCUAUUCAACAAGAAGUUAUGCUGGAUGAUGGCCUUGAUGUUGCAUUGGCCUAUGUUACUGGCAGCGAUGGACGUUUGGGAUGCACCCCACUUUGCUUCAACCAUUCCGGCAAACUCGGCAGAAUCGUGGUCCCAUCUGGCAGAACCUCGGGAUCUGCCACUCAAUCAACACGGCGACUCCUUAAUCGACAAAAAAUAUACGACCACUUCUGGGCAAGACCAUCCAGAUGUCUUCAACACGCGCGAUGGAUCAAUGGAUAAUCGGUGGAGCGCAGACGAGAAUCGCGAACAGCGUUCAAUAUUCCAGGAGGAAGGAGAAGAAAUCCAGUCCCACGAAUUCCUUUCAGGUUCGCCGAUAGCAUCUCCAUGGCGUGACACCGAUUUGUCAAAUCUUCCUCCAUCGGACGCCCAUAAGAACAUGUUUGGAGAAUGGACAGGGCUCGAAGACCUAUUCGGGAGCGGCGAAAAAUCAUCACGAGAACACCAACAUGAACAUGAACAUGCUCACCAUCGCGAUUUGUCACAGGACGACGUAUUCAAUGAACUGACCAACCUAGUCCCGAUACCAGCUUUGGAGGAAUUACAUCACUACCUUCUAUCAAGUCCUCACACGUCGUCUUCGUCUCCAGCAAGGUCUUAUCAUGAUUUCGCCACGAUUGGAUCGCCAGGUCUAGACACUACAUUGUAUAAAGAUACAAAUUCAAUGUCCCAUCUGGAUUCUUUUGUUCCCCCGUCAUUCUCCGAGCACACCCCUAGUGGAGCUCUACACAAUGAAGACUUUCAGAUGAAUAGCCUUCACGAAAGUAACCCUGAGAGUAGCAGUGACUCGCAAGCGCAGGUCAUGGAAGCCUUAUCACAACAUGAUCACAUUCAAAAACCUCCGGCCUUCUCGAAUAUCCCUUCAACUCAGUCCUCGCAAUCAUCAUCAGACUAUCGCUUCCUCGACGAAAUUCUGAUUGGCUCUCCAGAACGCCAUGUAGGUCAUGACCUAGGCGUAAGUGACAGUGACACCUUGGCCUCCCCCGAGUCUCAAACCUUCCACGGAGAACGUAUAUCAAUUCCACAUGAUAUUUCAUCACAGCCGCAUCCCCUGUCCCCUAGUUCUCCAGUCUCACAUGGACUUGAGAGUUUUGAAAAGUAUCUCGAGCAUCUCACCCAUGGCACAUCUCACAACAUCAAGCCCUUGUCACCUAUUUCAGAGACCAAACGAGGGUCAGCCAGGUCUUUAGAAUCCUCCCGAGAAUCUUCAAUCCCACUCGACUCAACUCUCCGCGAGCUCGAUUCAAUACCGCCCUUGGACGACUUGCCAAACUUUGGAGAAUUAUCUACGGAUCUUCAUACGCACUUUCCAGCUAUGUCUGAAGAACAUAGCGCCUGGUCAGAAAGGACCCCGAGUGCCUCUCUCGAAACUGAAUCACGGAAGAAUUCCAAAGACGCGAGUGACGUCGAGAACUCAGAUGGUACCGCAAGCUCGAAACUCGUUGAAUGGAAAAACAAUAAAAUGGAAAUAGAUCGGGCUGAUUCAGAAAUUCCUUCCGAAUUUCUACUUGGACUCAUGUCGAGAAUACCUAAAACUGACGUUGUUCUUGUGAGGAGUCUAGAUGAAAAGGAUUUGAACCAAGACAUGCACAUCACGACCUCUCACAACAAAAAGCUACCUAUUCAAGAUAUAUUAGAAAGCUCUUCAAGAUCAGGACAGCUCAAGCGCCCUAGUCAAACUGAUCAACUCGAUUCUCAACCUUCCAAGCAAAAAACUCGUCAUGAUCCUUUCUCAUUUGAUGACCAUGACAGAUCCAUCAGUCAAGUACGAGGAUUUUCAACAUCCCCAGCUACCGAAAUUCAUACUACGGACUCAUCCACUCUUCCAAGCCCGUGGACCUCCUUGGUAGCAAAUAAACCCAGGCCUACUGUUGGAUGGCGCUCUGGGUUAAAUUUUGGCUUCGAAAAACCGCGUGAACAUGAAACUGUAUCCAAAAAUUUUGACUCAACGCACUCCAAAGAUAUGGAUAUCGAAACGUAUCACGCAAGAACCUGGCCUGAUGAAAAAUUGAACGAGAAGACAUCAAUGUAUUCAGAAAGGAUACCUAGAUUUCCCAAAUCUCUUCGCUCGACAAACACAUUACCUCAAGCAAAAGUCAAGUUGAACUUUGUCAAUCAUCAUUCAAUCUCACCUCGCGAUAUAAUUGAUAAAUUCCAACCUGAAAUUCUAGAAUUCAUGGAAUCAAUAUCCAUUCAGGCACCUGACCCGCUUCAAACGAAACAUGUGACCGACAAUAUGGAAAAACUUUGGGAUAAUUACUUGGAGAUGAUCGCCAGUUGUUCUAAAAUGAUUUCUUCAAAGCGUAUAUCUACAGAUUUGGAACAAGAUCUUGAAGAUGCUCAUCAUUGGAUUGCGGAACAGUGGAAAAACAUUCCAGGGAUCAAAUUAGAUUGGUACCCUCUUCGGGAUAGGGCUCAACCAGUCGGAAAAGUCCACGACGAAUAUGCCUUCGUUGAGAAAUUUUCUGUUGCAGCUUCAACUUCCAUACACGAAGGUACCGUCUUCUGGCUCUCUCAUCCAAUGUAUAGGCCAACACGGGAACACGUCGCCACCGUUUACGUGAUGCGAUUCAUGAGUGAGAAACGGAAGAACUGGCUCCAAAUUCUGAAGCCUAAGAAAGCUGAAACAUUAGGGGUCAAAACGUUGUUAACUAAAAUGAAAAACAUCAAACCAUUGAGGUACCCAAGUACUGAUAUUAGAGCGCGAAAGCCGCGCGUACGGAAGCCAAAGGGUGAACCUCUUGAGAUUACCAAUUAG